AUGGACAAAGGAAACAGUGACCCCAUAUCCAAGCCGGCAGAUGUGAACAUAUCCAAUAUUUCAGUCCAGGUGGUCAGCGCCCCAGGAAAGCUGCCGGGAAGAAGACCGCCCAGAAAGCCUCUCCACAAUGCCAAGUUCAAGAGGCAGCCGCCGAAGAAGAAAGCUCCCUUUUGGAACGUGCAAAACAAAAUCGUUCUCUUCACGGUGCUUUUGUUCAUCCUAGCGGUCACAGCCUGGACGCUGCUGUGGCUCUACAUCAGUAAGACAGAAAGCAAGGACGCCUUUUACUUUGUGGGGAUGUUCCGGGUCACCAACAUCGAGUUUCUCCCGGAACAUCGACAGAAGGAGUCCAGGGAAUUUCUCUCAGUGUCCCGGACUGUGCAGCAAGUGGUAAACUUUGUUUACACUACAUCCGCCAUCUCCAAAUUUUACAAGCAGUCUGUGGUUGCAGAUGUCAGUAGCAACAACAAGGGCGGCCUCCUGGUCCACUUUUGGAUCGUGUUUGUCAUGCCACAAGCCAAGGGCCACAUCUUCUGUGAGGACUGUGUGGCCGCCAUCCUGAAGGACUCCAUCCAGACCAGCGUCGUCAACAGGACCUCCGUGGGGAGCUUGCAGGGGCUGGCUGUGGACAUGGACUCUGUGGUGCUCAAUGCCGGGCUUCGGUCAGAUUACUCUUCAACCAUCGGAUCUGAGAAAGGCUGUUCUCGGGACUUGUAUGCUGAUCAUCCGUCGGUCCAGUACCCUCUGGAGAUUUCAGCAACCUCGGGGAGGCUGAUGUGCCAGUUUAAGCUGGUGGCCACCGUGGGCUACCUGAUUCGCCUCUCCAUUGAGUCCAUCCAGAUUGAAGCGGACAACUGUGUCACCGACUCUUUGACCCUUUACGACUCGCUCUUGCCAAUCCGGAGCACAACCUUGUACAGAAUCUGUGAACCCACCAGAGCGUUAAUGUCAUUUGUUUCCACGAACAAUCUCAUGUUGGUGAGCCUUCAAUCUCCUUAUAUACGGAGGUUAUCAGGAAUCCGCGCAUAUUUUGAGGUCAUUCCAGAACAAAAAUGUGGAAACACAGUGUUGGUCAAAGAAAUCAAUGGCUUUGAAGGGAAAAUCUCAAGUCCAUAUUAUCCGAGUUAUUAUCCUCCGAAAUGCAAGUGUACCUGGAAAUUUCAGACUCCACUAUCGACUCUUGGCAUAGCUCUGAAAUUCCAUAACUAUUCAAUAGCCAAGAAGAGUUUGAAAGGCUGUGACCAUGGAUGGUGGGAAAUUAAUGAACACAUGUACUGUGGCUCCUACAUGGAUCACCAAACCAUUUUCCGAGUGCCCAGCCCCGUUGUUCACAUCCAGCUCCAAUGCAGCUCAAGGCUCUCGGAGAAGCCACUGCUGGUGGAAUACGGCAGUUACAACAUCAGCCAACCUUGUCCCACCGGAUUUUUCAGGUGCUCCUCUGGCUUGUGUGUCCCUCAGACUCAGCGCUGUGAUGGGGUCAACGACUGCUUUGAUGAGAGCGAUGAACUCUUCUGUGUGGCUCCUAACCCGGCUUGCAACACCAGCUCCUUCAGGCAGCAAGGCCCGCUGGUCUGCGAUGGCUUCCGGGACUGUGCAGACGGCCGGGAUGAACUGAACUGCACGCAGAGCACUCCAUGCAGCAAUAGAACGUUCAGGUGUGGCGAUGAUAUGUGCUUUAGGAAGCAAAAUGCAAAAUGCGAUGGGACAGUGGAUUGUCCAGAUGGCAGUGAUGAAGAAGGCUGUAGCUGCAGCAGAGGCACCUCCACUCUCCACCGCAUCAUCGGGGGCACCGACACCCUGGAGGGGGGCUGGCCCUGGCAAGUCAGCCUCCACUUUGUGGGAAAUGCCUACUGUGGCGCCUCAGUCAUCUCCAGGGAGUGGCUUCUCUCUGCAGCUCACUGUUUCCAUGGAAACAGGCUGUCUGACCCCACACCAUGGACGGCUCACCUGGGGAUGUAUGUGCAGGGGAAUGCCAAGUUUGUCUCCCCCGUGCGGAGAAUCGUGGUCCACGAGUACUAUAACAGCCAGACCUUUGACUAUGACAUUGCUCUGCUACAGCUCAGCAUCGCCUGGCCCGAGACCCUGAAACAGCUCAUUCAGCCCAUAUGCAUCCCUCCCGCCGGCCAGAAAGUACGCACUGGGGAGAAGUGCUGGGUCACGGGCUGGGGGCGACUGCACGAAGCAGAUAGUCAAGGCUCUGCUGUUUUGCAGCAAGCAGAAGUAGAGCUUAUUGACCAAACUCUCUGUGUGUCCACCUAUGGGAUUAUUACCUCACGGAUGCUCUGUGCUGGCAUCAUGUCAGGCAAGAGGGAUGCUUGCAAAGGAGAUUCUGGUGGACCUCUAUCUUGCCGAAGAAAGAGCGAUGGAAGAUGGAUCUUGACUGGCAUUGUUAGCUGGGGGUAUGGCUGUGGAAGACCAAACUUUCCUGGUGUCUACACAAGGGUGUCAAACUUUGUUACUUGGAUUCAUAAAUACGUCCCUUCUCUUUUGUAA